AUGAAUGGAGAAGCCAGAGAGCAAGAUUAUUCCGUUGAUGACGAGGAUGAAAAUUCCCAUGGUGACGACAAUGAUGACGAUCGUGACGAUGAUGUUAAGAUGGAUAAUCCAAAACGCUACGAAGUACGACAGAAAAAAGCCGUGGAGCGUUAUCGGGCACCUUUUUGCGAGCCGAGAAACCCAGCCGUGUUCUUUGACAAGAGGCCGUCAGCUCGAGGGAGCUACCGCAUCAGUGCGUCUGUGCCCAGGAGCGUCUAUACCGCAAGUCGCAGGAGUGCCAGGAUUGGAUCAAUCAGCAGGAGAAGACCUGCCACAUACAUCCAUGAAUCCUCUUCCGAAGAGGAUGACUCCUCUGAGGAUGAAAAUGUUGAGAGCAAUGCAAACAGAUGCUUGCCGAUCAAUUUGCGUAAAGAGGACGUCGCGGGAAUCCAAAAGGACAGAAUGAAGAUUGGAGCGAACCUCGCCGACGUUGACCCCAUGCAAAUCGACCACACGGUUCGAUUUGACAGUGUUGGUGGCCUAGCGAGUCAUAUAUCUGCCCUGAAGGAGAUGGUGGUUUUUCCUCUGGUCUACCCUGAAGUGUUUGACAAGUUCAAGAUACAGCCUCCAAGGGGCUGCUUGUUCUACGGUCCUCCGGGCACAGGGAAAACGCUCGUGGCUCGUGCCCUGGCCAACGAAUGCCGGGAUGGAAACAGGAAGGUGGCUUUUUUCAUGAGGAAGGGUGCUGACUGCCUCAGCAAAUGGGUGGGCGAGUCUGAGAGGCAGCUCCGCCUACUGUUCGACCAGGCUUACCAGACGCGACCUUCCAUUAUCUUCUUUGAUGAAAUUGAUGGGCUGGCACCAGUUAGAUCCAGCCGACAGGAUCAAAUACACAGCUCCAUUGUGUCCACUCUGUUGGCUCUGAUGGAUGGCUUGGACAGUAGGGGAGAGGUGGUGGUGAUUGGAGCCACUAACAGGAUAGACUCCAUUGACCCAGCAUUGCGCAGGCCUGGACGCUUCGACAGGGAGUUCCUCUUUGGCCUCCCCGAUAGAGAGGCGCGUAAGGACAUACUGAAGAUUCAUACCAGGCAGUGGGUUCCUGCACCGUCUGAUGCGUUCCUCGAAGAACUCGCUGAGAAGUGUACUGGUUACUGUGGUGCAGACAUAAAAGCCGUAUGUGCAGAAGCCGCUCUCUGCGCCGUGCGACGGCGGUACCCUCAAAUCUAUGGAACCUCCCAGAAGCUUUUACUGGACGUGUCCUCCAUCAGCGUGGAUGGGUGGGACUUUGUCAACGCCAUGAGGAAGAUGGUGCCUGCUUCUCAAAGGGCGGUGGCAUCACCUGCCAAGGCCUUGGCAACAGCAGUGCAGCCCCUGUUAGGCUCCGCCCUCUCCGAUAUCCUGAACAUUCUGAAGAAACUCUUUCCUCAUGCUGAACAGGGGCUGAAGAGGAAGCAAGAGACAGACUUAGCCACCAGUAUUCUGGAGGACGAUGUGAUGUACUUUGAAGAUGAAGGCAUGUCCUGCAGCCCCAUCCACAAGCCAACUAAUCCUAAAGGGAGUUUCCUUCCACUUAGCAGGGGUGCAGCCUACCACCCUACCUCUUUUCGGCCGCGGCUUCUGUUGUCUGGCCGCCCUGGCUCUGGCCAGAGUGCACACCUGGGCCCAGCUGUGCUCUACAUUCUGGAGAAGUUCACCGUGUACACGCUGGACAUGGCUGUGCUGUUUGGAGUCAGCACCACUUCCCCUGAGGAGGCCUGUGCACAGGUGUUCUGUGAGGCGAAGAGGACAUCUCCCAGCAUCCUCUACAUCCCUCAUAUCCAGCAGUGGUGGGACACAGUUGGGCCUCCUCUGAAGGCCACGUUCCUCAGUCUGCUCCAGGAUAUCCCCUCCUUCUCUCCCAUCCUCCUGCUGGCCACCUGCAACGUCCAUUAUGACAGUCUGUCUGAGGAGGUCCAGGCAUUAUUCCGGCUGGAGUAUGGAGAGGUGUACCACGUAAGCCUUCCCUCCCAGCAGGAGAGAAGGAAAUUCUUUGAGGACCUCAUCCUGAUUCAGGCUGCCAAGCCUCCGGCGUGUAAAAAGAAAGCCAUACUGCAGGCCAUGGAAAUCCUUCCAUUGGCCCCACCUCCGCCCCCACGGCGGAUGACCGAACUCGAGCGUGCACGUCUGGAGGAACAAGAGGAGGACACGCUGCGUGAACUUCGCCUCUUCCUGCGUAACGUCACUGAGCGCCUGUACCAGGACAAACGCUUCAAGGCUUUCGCCAAACCUGUGGACAUUGAGGAGGUUCCGGACUACGCCACUGUGAUAAAACAGCCAAUGGACCUGUCCACCAUUCUCACCAAGAUUGACCUCCACAAGUAUGUCACUGUGAAGGAGUAUCUAUACGAUAUGGAUCUGAUAUGGAAGAAUGCUCUAGAAUACAACCCUGACAGUGAUCCCUCAGAUCGCCAGAUUCGUCAUCGGGCUUGUGCGCUGAAAGACACUGCUCAUGCCAUUAUUCGUGAUGAGCUGGACGAAGACUUUGAGAGGAUCUGUGAACAGAUCAGAGAGUCUCGCAAUAACAGAGGUUGCGCGUCGUCCAGGUUUGCCCCGUCAUUUUAUCACGUGAAGGAGAAAGAUGACGGAUCUGGUCUGGUGAGGAGAGCAAAUGUCACCACUCACAAAGAUGCCUCCAGACCUUUUACUGCCGCCAACCGAAAACCCCCAAAGAGGCGUACUGGUCGAAUAACACGUGGCAACAAGUCCCUGGUCCACCAGCCUCAGCUGAUCAAUUUGGAGAAGGCCCUGGACAUCCUCAACCAGAAAACACCACCGCUUGUCAUCGACCACAAGAAACUCGAGGAGCUUCACAGGCAUGUCGUGUUCAAGACUGAGGGUUUUGAGGUGAAUCAGCUGGAGAAACUUUAUGCCCUGUUGUGUCAAUGCAUCUACAGACACCGCAAAGAUUACGACAAGACCCUUCUCAUCCAGGAAAUGGAGACAGAGAUAGAAAAUUUUCAAUGA